AUGGCAAAGGAACUGGUGUACCUGGUCACAGGUGGAAGUGGUUUUAUUGGGGAACGCAUUGUGCAGCUUUUGCUGAAACAAGAUUAUGUGAAGGAAGUGAUCAUUUUUGACAUCUAUGAAAAUGAAUCCAUAAAACAUUGGCACACAGCAUCUGCCACCAUAACUUUUAUUAAAGGAGAUAUCACCAAUUUUAACCAGAUUCUGGCAGCUGUCAAAGGCGUCCAUGUUGUUAUACACACCGCUGCCCUUGUGGACUAUUUGGACAUAUGUCCUUUAAAAAAACUGGAAGCGAUAAAUGUUGAAGGCACCGAGCAUGUUCUUAAUGCUUGCUGGGCCAUGGAGGUCCGCUACAUACUGUACACCAGCUCAGUAUCAGCAGCAGGGCCAAAUACAAAUUCACAUCCUAUGGCGAGAUUCACAGAAGAAACCAUAUCUGAGGGAGAACUCUUGCUUUCAUACGGAAAAACCAAGGCUCGUGCAGAACAAUUGAUCCUCUUGGCAAAUGGCCGGCAGACCAGCAAAGGAGAUAAAAUUGUCACAUGUGCCAUUCGAGCCAGCACUAUCUAUGGUGAAAAGGUGCAACAUUUGCUGGACAGUUACCAAUCUGCGAAAUCUAAGAAUAAUCAGAUAAACUACAUUGAACCUGAAAAUGCUGAGAAAAACUAUACUUAUGUAGGUAAUGUUGCCUGGAUGCAUGUUCUUGCAGCACGGCAGAUGCAACUCAACCCAGAGCGCCUCGGUGGACAGAUGUACUAUGCGUACGACAACACACCAUUUAAGAAGAGUGUGAAGCUUACCCAUGAAUUGUUCACUGAAAUUGACCCCAGUAUCCAAAUUGGAGCGCACAUCCCCUAUUGGAAGAUGUGGUUGAUUGUUUCCUUUUACAACCUAAUGAGAUUCCUUGUGAGACCUUUUUGGCAUUUAAAGCCAUUCAUGACUUUACCUAUUUUGAAAUUAAUCACCACUACAUUUUACCACGAAACAGACAAAGCUUCCAGGCACUUUGGUUACCGGCCCCUUUAUACCUGGGUGGAGAGUAAACACCUAACUUGUAAAUGGUUGAAACAUGCCAUUCACAGUCAGCAGAAAAACUAG